AUGAUGACGGAGUCGUCAGGCACGGAAAAGGCCGUUGAAGGCUUAACCCAACAUGCUAGACACGGAACUCUCGGAAGCACGACGAAUCCACCCGAGAAUGAGAACGAGAAGGAGAAGUACAGCAGCGAGGGCUCACGCCAAUCUCUGGAGCAAAAUGGACGUGGGGGAGUCAAUGUUGCAGGCGCCGAGCAGGAGUUUGCUGGACUGCAGCGCGAGCUGAGCGGCAUCUCGAGGCAAUACUCACGCCAGCAGCAGCCUCGCAAGAGCGACCAAGAUGUCGAAAAGUCGCUGUCGCAUUCGCCCACCUCCUCCUCCAGCGAUGAGGGCGAGCCGUUUGAUCUGGAGGACACGCUGCGAGGGACUCGCAAGCUGGAGGAGGAAUCCGGCGUCAAGUCCAAGCAGAUUGGUGUCAUGUGGGACAACUUGACCGUCACUGGCAUGGGCGGCGCAAAGAUCUAUGUGCCCACCUUCCCCGACGCCUUCACCGGCUUCUUUGCGUUUCCCAUCACCUUUGCCAUGGGACUCCUGGGUCUGGGCAAAAAGGGCUCCGAGUCCAACAUCCUACACAACUUCCGUGGUGUGGUCAAGCCCGGGGAGAUGGUGUUGGUGCUUGGUCGUCCGGGCUCAGGAUGUACGACAUUCCUCAAGGUCAUUGCAAACCAGCGAUUUGGCUACACGAACAUCACAGGAGAUGUCACCUAUGGACCUUUCACCGCCAAGGAAUUCGAACAGCGAUACCGAGGACAGGCUGUGUACUGCAUGGAGGAUGACGACCAUCAUCCGACCCUCACAGUAGGACAGACUCURGGGUUCGCCCUGGACACCAAAGUCCCCGGAACCCGCCCAGGAGGCAUCAGCAAAAAUGCCUUCAAGGACAAGGUUGUCGACAUGCUUUUGCGCAUGUUCAACAUAGAGCACACGAAGAACACCAUCGUAGGCAAUGCUUACGUACGGGGCGUCAGCGGUGGAGAGCGCAAGCGCGUUUCCAUCGCCGAGAUGAUGAUCACUGGCGGCAGCGUGUGCUCGCACGACAACAGCACGCGAGGCCUCGACGCAUCGACUGCCCUGGACUAUGCCAAGUCACUCCGCGUCAUGACCAACAUCUACCACACAACAACCUUUGUAUCGCUUUACCAAGCGAGUGAAAACAUUUACAGCCAGUUUGACAAGGUCAUGGUGAUUGAUGAAGGCCGCCAGGUCUUUUUCGGACCCACCCAAGAAGCCAGGGCAUACUUUGAGGGACUCGGAUUCCUUCCCAAACCUCGACAGACGACGCCCGACUACCUCACUGGUUGCACCGACAAGUGGGAGCGUGAGUACCAGGCGGGUCGGGAUGCCACCAACACACCAUCAACGUCAGAUGAACUUGUGGAAGCCUUUAACAAGUCCUCGUACGCAACUCGCCUCGCCAGCGAAAUGGAAGAGUGGAGUCACCGGGUCAAGGAAGAGCAGCACGUGUACGAAGACUUCAAGACAGCCAUCCUCCAGGGCAAGCGUCAUGCACCCAAAAACUCCGUGUACUCCAUUCCCUUCCAUGCCCAAGUCUGGGCUCUGAUGAAGCGUCAAUUCAUCCUGAAGUGGCAAGAUCGCUUCUCACUUGUGGUAUCUUGGAUCACGAGCAUUGUCAUUGCCAUUGUCAUCGGUACUGUGUGGUUGCAGAUCCCGCAAAACAGCGCAGGCGCGUUCACCCGAGGAGGUGUCUUGUUCAUCGCGCUGCUCUUCAACUGCUUUCAAGCUUUUGGCGAACUGGCCUCUACCAUGUUGGGACGGCAGAUUGUCAACAAGCAUCGAGCGUAUACCUUCCAUCGGCCGUCUGCUUUGUGGGUAGCACAGAUUUGCGUCGACAUUGCAUUCGCAUCGCUACAAAUCUUGGUCUUCWCUAUCAUGGUCUACUUCAUGUGCGGGCUCGUUCUCGACGCAGGAGCCUUCUUCACAUUCUACCUGAUCAUUAUCACCGGCUACCUUGCCAUCACGCUCUUCUUCCGAACGGUCGGUUGCCUCUGCCCGGACUUUGACUCUGCCAUCAAGUUUGCAGCUACAAUCAUCACGCUCUUCGUACUCACCUCAGGCUAUCUGAUCCAAUACGACACCCAGCAGGUCUGGCUUCGAUGGAUGUUUUACGUCAACGCUGUUGGACUUGGUUUCGCUGCUAUGAUGGUCAACGAGUUUGGCAGAAUCGAUCUCACCUGCGAAGGAGCCAAUCUGAUUCCAUACGGACCAAGCUACGGUGACAUUCAGCACCAGACUUGCACCCUUGCCGGCAGUGUCGGAGGUAGCGCUUUAGUUUCAGGCACGAACUACGUUGAGACCGCCUUCUCAUACUCGAAAGCUGACCUCUGGCGCAACUGGGGUAUUAUCCUCGCUCUCGUCGUCGGGUUUCUGACCACCAAUGUCUUCUUGGGCGAGUACAUCAAGUGGGGAGCAGGCGGCAAAACCGUGACCUUCUUUGCUAAGGAGGACAAGGAGCGUAAGCAGCUCAACGAUGCUCUUGCUGCCAAGAAGGCACGAAGAGGAACAAAAGAGGGCACAGAAGAGGGAUCUGAGUUGUCAAUUGAGUCCAAGGCUGUCUUGACUUGGGAAGACAUGUGUUACGAUGUGCCUGUUCCAUCCGGUCAGCUGCGCUUGCUGAAGAAUAUUUAUGGAUAUGUCAAGCCCGGUCAAUUGACGGCGCUGAUGGGGGCCAGUGGAGCAGGAAAGACUACACUUCUCGACGUUUUGGCCUCUCGAAAGAACAUUGGUGUCAUCACCGGAGACAAGCUCGUCGAUGGCAAGCCGCCCGGUACCGCUUUCCAACGUGGCACUAGCUACGCGGAACAAUUGGACGUACACGAAGGCAGUCAAACAGUCCGCGAGGCUCUGCGUUUCUCCGCGGUCCUUCGACAGCCAUAUGAGACACCACAAGAGGAGAAAUACGCGUACGUCGAGGAGAUCAUUGCGCUUCUCGAGAUGGAGGACAUUGCCGAUGCAAUUAUUGGCUCGCCCGAGGCCGGCUUGGCUGUCGAGCAGCGUAAGAGAGUUACCAUCGGAGUCGAGUUGGCCGCAAAACCAGAGCUUCUGCUGUUCCUUGACGAGCCCACAUCUGGUCUUGAUUCUCAGAGCGCAUUCAAUAUCGUCCGCUUCCUUCGAAAGCUCGCAGCAGCUGGUCAGGCUAUUCUGUGCACCAUUCAUCAGCCCAACGCCUCCCUCUUUGAGAACUUUGAUCGCCUCUUGCUUCUUCAACGUGGUGGCGAGACGGUAUAUUUCGGCGACAUUGGCAAGGAUGCUAAUGUACUCAUCAACUACUUCCACAAGUAUGGCGCCGACUGUCCUCCCAACGCCAACCCUGCAGAAUGGAUGCUAGACGCCAUUGGCGCCGGUCAAGCCACACGCAUUGGUGACAAGGACUGGGGUGAAAUCUGGCGCGACUCGGAAGAACUCGCAGAGACCAAAGCAACGAUCAUUCGCCUCAAAGAAGAUCGCAUGCGAGAAGUUGGUUCCCAGCCUGAGGUUGAGCAGAAGGAGUUUGCGACACCACUCUGGCACCAGAUCAAGACUGUACAAACCCGCACGAACAAGGCCUAUUGGCGCUCGCCAAACUACGGCUUCACACGGCUGUUCAACCACGUUAUUAUCGCUCUGCUCACUGGUCUGAUGUUCUUGCAAUUGGACGACUCUCGAACAUCCCUGCAGUACAGAGUUUUCAUCAUCUUCCAGGUCACCGUCCUUCCAGCACUCAUCCUGGCGCAAGUUGAGCCCAAAUAUGAUUUGAGUCGACUCAUCUACUACCGUGAGGCCGCAUCAAAGACGUACAAGCAGCUACCCUUUGCUCUAUCGAUGGUGGUUGCAGAGAUCCCAUACAGCAUCCUCUGUGCUGUCGGCUUCUUUGUACCGCUAUACUAUAUCCCAGGCUUCCAGUCCUCAUCAUCAAGAGCCGGAUACAACUUCUUGAUGGUUUUGGUCACGGAAUUCUUCUCUGUCACUCUUGGCCAGAUGGUGUCUGCUCUAACACCCAGCACCUUCAUCGCGGUUUUGAUGAAUCCAUUCAUCAUUAUCGUCUUUGCUCUGUUCUGCGGUGUGACUAUCCCGAAACCGCAGAUUCCCAAGUUCUGGCGAGUGUGGUUGUACGAACUGGAUCCAUUCACUCGUCUCAUCGCCGGUCUAGUCUCCAACGAAUUGCACGACCGACCCGUAGUCUGCAAAGAACGAGAGUACAACACCUUCACAGCGCCAGCCGGUCAAAAUUGCGGAGAAUACAUGUCUGACUUCUUCGCGUCUGGUGGUGCCGGGUAUCUCGCCAACAACCAGACCUCCGACUGCUCGUACUGUGCCUUCAGCGUCGGAGACCAGUUUUAUGAGCCGCUGGGCAUCUCUUUUGAUACGCGCUGGAGAGAUUUUGGCAUCUUCACCGCAUUUAUUGGCAGCAAUUUGAUCCUGCUAUUUAUUGGCAGUCGGUACUUGAACUUUAACCGCAGAUAG